AUGGACAAGCCAGAAUCAUCAUCAGCUGCUGCAAAAAGAGGACUUCAGGAAAACCUCGCUGGAGCCCCGCCAGACUACGAAUUGCCCUGGGUUGAGAAAUACCGGCCUGUCUAUCUAGACGACAUCGUCGGCAACACAGAAACUAUUGAGCGGCUGAAGAUUAUUGCCCGAGAUGGCAAUAUGCCCCAUGUAAUCAUCUCCGGCAUGCCAGGCAUCGGGAAGACUACGUCAAUUCUCUGUCUGGCGCGACAGAUGUUGGGUGAUUCAUACAAGGAAGCUGUUUUAGAGCUCAAUGCCAGUGAUGAGAGAGGUAUCGACGUCGUUAGAAACCGAAUAAAGGGCUUCGCGCAGAAAAAAGUCACACUUCCGCCAGGACGACACAAGUUGGUCAUCCUCGACGAGGCGGAUAGCAUGACAUCCGGCGCCCAGCAAGCCCUCCGUCGAACCAUGGAGAUAUAUUCCACAACCACCCGCUUCGCAUUCGCCUGCAAUCAGUCGAAUAAAAUCAUCGAACCCCUGCAAUCCCGCUGUGCCAUCCUGCGCUAUGCGCGCCUCACGGACGCCCAAAUCCUCAAGAGACUCACGCAAAUCUGCCAAGCGGAGAACGUCAAGCAUUCUGAAGACGGGAUUGCGGCGUUGAUAUUCAGCGCGGAGGGAGAUAUGCGGCAGGCCAUUAACAACCUACAGAGUACGUGGGCUGGGUUCGGGUUCGUGAGCGGCGAUAACGUCUUUCGCGUCGUCGAUAGUCCGCAUCCGAUUAAGGUGCAGGCGAUGAUCAAGGCGUGUUGGGAGGGGAAUAUAGAUGCGGCUUUGGAUACGCUGAAUGAGCUAUGGGAUCUCGGCUACUCCUCACACGACAUCAUCAGCACAAUGUUCCGUGUGACGAAGACGAUCCCAACGCUCUCCGAGCAUGCCAAGCUUGAAUUCAUCAAGGAAAUCGGAUUCGCCCACAUGCGGAUAUUGGAAGGGGUGCAAACGCUCGUGCAGCUCAGCGGCCAGCUCGACAUAAAGCAGACCACGGAUACGCCCCACCGGGAACCCGGGGGAGAGAGACGGCAGACUCCUCGCCUGGCGCCAUGCGGGGGUGCCGCCCUCUGCACGCUGGGCACAGCGCUGCUCUCCACCGUCAACGCUCUCCAGUUCAUUGCGAGAGACUCGCCACGCGUUGUUGGUCUUGAUACUCAGCGGAGGCAUGUCUCCAACCCCAUUGAAAGGGACCGCUUUAGGAGAAGACAGCUCAACGUCAUUGCUGAGCUUCUAGACAAUGAGGGCACCCUCUACUUCUGCAAUGUCUCGCUGGGAACACCCCCGCAGAGAAUCCGCUUGCACAUCGACACCGGCAGCAGCGAUCUCUGGUGCAAUGUGCCACAUUCGAGUCUCUGCUCCCAGGCAGAUAAGCCCUGCGCCAGCGCCGGAACCUACGACUCAUCUGCCUCUUCUACCUACAGGUUCGUCAGUCCGCAUUUCAACAUAACGUACGUCGAUGGGUCCGGGGCAAACGGCAAUUAUGUGACGGAUACGUUGCAGUUGACCGGCGCCACUCUAGAGGCCUUCCAGUUUGGAGUGGGAAAUAUUACUUCUUCGAACGAGGGGGUACUGGGUAUCGGAUACCCGGUGAACGAAGUCCAGGUGGCAAUGGACGGCAAAGACCCCUAUCCAAAUCUUCCCGCCGCUCUUGUCCAAGCCGGCGUCAUAAACUCCAACGCGUACAGCCUGUGGCUCAAUGACCUCGAUGCAAACACCGGAAACAUUCUCUUCGGGGGGGUCAACGCCGCAAAAGUCGAUGGAAAGCUGCACACCCUCCCGAUCAUCCCAACUCUCGAGAACCUACACACCGAGUUUGUCAUCGCUCUGACAGGCAUGGCCAUUAACAUCGGGAAGGGCAGCAGGAAGAUCGGCUCCAGAACCUUUCCGAUCGCCGCCCUCCUCGAUUCCGGCAGCAGCCUUACCUACCUGCCCGAUUCCAUCACGUCGGAAAUCUACCCCAAGGUCCGCGCCAUCUACAGCGCGGACAUGGGCGCCGCCUUCAUCCCCUGCUCUAUGAGGGCAAGUACAGGAUCUAUAUCCUUCAGCUUCUCCGGCACCACCAUCAACGUCAACAUGAGCGAGCUAGUCCUCAGUCUCGACCCUAAGUUCGACGGGAUCCCCACAGAGCCCUCCACCGGCAUCCCAACCUGUAUCUUCGGCAUCUCCCCCGCCGGCAGCGAUACCACCGCUAUCCUUGGCGACACGUUCCUGCGCAGCGCCUACGUCGUCUACGACCUGGACAACAACGAGAUCUCGCUCGGCAAGACCAACUUCAGUCCCACCGAUAGCAGGAUUCUGGAGAUCGGGAAGGGGCCCGAUUCCGUUCCUGAGGCGACGAAGGUGCCCAAUCCGAUCGCCACUGUGGAUUUCACCGGGUCGGGGGGCGGGCGGAUCAAUGGGCCGAUGACGUCGUCUGCGUUUGCGGCGCCGACGGCCAUGCCGGAUUUGAGCGUCAAGGCGUUGGCGGCAUUGGCGGCGUUGGCAGCGGCUAGUGUUGCGUUCACGGCGAUGUAG